AUUCGUGUUUAUGUGUUUUUUGGUAUAUUUAUUUACUGUUUUAAGUCAAAACUUUCAGUAUUAUGAAGUAAAUUAAUUUUGUAACCCUCCGUCCCUCCUCGUCCAUGCGGGUUUGUUUUGGUCCGCGGCCGUCAUCCUCCGCUGGAAUUUAAAGUAGUCAGACAUGCCACCCAAAAAAGCAGUGGUGCCUGAGCCAAAGCCCCUGAUUGGCCGUGUGGGGACCAACCUCAAAGUGGGCAUCGUGGGUCUGCCCAAUGUGGGGAAGUCAACCUUCUUCAAUGUGCUCACCAAGUCCUCAGCUCAGGCUGAGAACUUCCCCUUCUGCACCAUUGACCCCAAUGAAAGUAGGGUUCCCGUGCCUGAUGCAAGGUUCACCUACCUGGUUGACUUCCACAAGCCAGCCAGCAAAGUUCCUGCUUUCCUGAACGUGACGGACAUCGCUGGCCUGGUGAAGGGUGCUGCUGAGGGUCAGGGUCUUGGGAAUGCCUUCUUGUCCCACAUCAAGGCCUGUGAUGCCCUCUUCCACCUCACUCGUGCAUUUGAUGAUGAUGAUGUCACUCACGUGGAGGGCGACGUCAACCCCGUGCGGGAUCUGGAGAUUAUCCUGGAUGAGCUUCGGCUGAAGGAUAUUGAGUACAUUGAGACUGUGUAUGAGAAGAUGUUCAAGCUGGUGGAGCGUGGUGGGGACAAGAAGCUCAAGCCAGAGUAUGAUUGUAUCUGUAAGAUAAGGAAUCUGCUGAUAGAGGAGAAGAAGCAGGUGCGAUUUGCUGACUGGGACAUCAAGGAGAUUGAGAUUCUGAAUAAGCAUCUUCUCAUCACCAGUAAACCCAUGAUCUACCUUGUUAACAUGUCAGAGAAAGACUACAUCAGGAAAAAGAACAAGUGGCUGGUGAAGAUCAAGGAGUGGAUUGACAAGAAUGACCCCGGGGCCAUCCUGAUCCCUUUCUCUGGGGCCUUCGAGCUGAGGAUGGCGGAGUUGGACGAGGAGGAGCGCGCCAAACAGCUGCAGGAAUUGAACACCACCAGUGCCCUGGACAAGAUCAUCGUGCAGGGAUACAAGGCACUGCAGCUCAUGUACUUCUUCACAUGCGGCCCAGAUGAGUGCAAGGCGUGGACCAUCCAGAAAGGAACGAAGGCCCCACAGGCUGCUGGCAAGAUCCACACUGAUUUUGAGAAAGGCUUUGUUAUGGCUGAAGUGAUGAAGUAUGAUGACUUCAAGGAGGAAGGUUCCGAAGCUGCUGUUAAGGCUGCUGGAAAAUACCACCAGCGUGGACGCAACUAUGUGGUGGAAGAUGGAGACAUUAUCUUCUUCAAGUUCAACACUGGCGGCCUGAAGAAAAAAUGAGAUCGGGUGUGCUUAGUGCUGAUAAUGAUCCUCUACUUUCAGAUAACAACAUUCUUUAUCUGCACUCAUCUGUGAUUUGAUUUCCCCCUUUUAUCAUAAUUUUUUUACAUUAAAUCCUAAAGGUGGGUUCA